AGGGACUCAAACCCUCUGCGUUUACAUCAGUGGAGGAGCCGAGACGCGGAGACACGGACAGGAAAAGAAGUUACAUUAGAUCAACCAGGACGGGGUUUUUUUGUUGUUGUUUCCCAUCAUCCCGCCGUUUAUCCCUUUGACAUUUUUUCGGGACCGGCUAUUUUUUUUUUACCCUCACGCUGGCCGGAUUUCACUUGUGACAGCGCCGAACGAAAGGGGGCGAGAGCGUGGAGAGAAUCCCGGACAGAUCAGCGGGGAGGAGACCGGCUCGUACGCGGGAGAGGAGAGCGAGUCUCCGGGCAGCGGCUGUGCGUCUUUGGGCUGUAGGGGUCCCCGGACCGAGCCGGACGGCGCCCGUUGGUCUCUCCCGGCGCAUGAAAAAAAGGGGGGUUCGAGCGAGGAGUUAACUUCACCUGCUGGUCUGAGGAAAAAAAAGAUCAGGUGUCUUUUUUUUCUCUUUUUUUUCGGAGGAAACCUGCCUGAUCACACACUCUGCUCCACGCAUGUUGGAAGUGGAGAGAGGAGGGCUGGAUGCCUGCGGGUUCGCGACUGCUCAAGACGCAGCCGAGGAUUACCUCCCGCCUCGUCGCUUGACGGAGUAAGAACGAGAAAAGAAAAGAAAAGAAAAGAAAAAGAGUUUUCGUUUUCUUCAUCGAAUCUUUCGCCUUGGCUUCCCCGGAGAGGAUAUGGCACGGUCGGCGCUGGAGAGAGGAGCGCAGCCGGCACAGGCGAGAGGAAACAGGAGCUGAGUGACAAGAUGCCAGCGACCUGAGCCCGCACUCAGACCAACUUCGUUAAAAGAGACACUUCCUUUGCUUUUCUUUGUCGAUUUGAAGGAGAGGACAGAAGAAUACUUGCCAACAAAAACAAAGAAAGAAAAAAAAAAGAGAAAGAAGCCUACCGGAGGAGUUUAAUUUUGGAGUUUUUUUGUAUGCGUAAUUUUAUUUUUUUUGUUGAGACAACAAGGAUGCAUUGUGGAUUAGUCCUGCUCCUGUUCAUGGGAAUCCUUUUGGUGGUCAAGGCUUUCAAAAACGAUAAAUGUGGAGGCAACAUCAGAAUCUCAACCGCCAGCUACCUCACCUCGCCCGAGUACCCCGUGUCUUAUCCCCCCUCUCAGAGAUGCACGUGGGUGAUAUCCGCGCCUGGUCCUCACCAGCGGAUCCUCAUCAACUUCAAUCCACAUUUCGAUCUGGAGGACCGGGAGUGCAAGUACGACUAUGUGGAGGUGCGAGACGGCGUGGACGAGAGCGGUCAGCUCGUGGGGAAGUACUGCGGGAAGAUCGCCCCCUCUCCGGUCGUCUCCUCUGGAAACCAGCUGUUCAUCAAGUUUGUGUCCGACUACGAGACGCACGGGGCGGGUUUCUCCAUUCGAUACGAGAUCUUUAAGACCGGUCCCGAAUGCUCGAGGAACUUCACCUCCAACAGCGGAGUCAUAAAGUCGCCGGGGUUCCCGGAGAAAUACCCCAACAACCUGGACUGCACGUUUAUGAUCUUCGCCCCCAAGAUGUCCGAGAUCAUUUUGGAGUUCGAGAGCUUCGAGCUGGAGCCUGACCCGACGCCCCCUGCUGGUGUCUUCUGCCGCUACGACAGGCUGGAGAUCUGGGAUGGCUUCCCCGGAGUCGGCCCAUACAUCGGAAGGUACUGUGGGCAGAACACCCCCGGCAGGAUCAUCUCCUACACGGGCAUCCUGGCACUGACAAUCAACACCGACAGCGCCAUCGCUAAGGAAGGCUUUUCUGCCAACUUCACCGUCAUCGAAAGGACCGUUCCAGAGGACUUUGACUGUAGCGACCCUCUGGGAAUGGAAUCUGGAGAGAUAACAUCGGACCAAAUCAUGGCCUCAUCCCAGUACAACCCCAGCUGGUCCUCAGAGCGCUCCAGGCUCAACUACUAUGAGAACGCGUGGACGCCUGCAGAGGACUCCAACAAGGAGUGGAUACAGGUGGACCUUGGGUUCUUGCGGUUCGUCUCGGCCAUAGGCACCCAGGGCGCCAUUUCCCAGGAGACCCGGAGGAUCUACUUCAUCAAGUCCUACAAGGUGGACGUCAGCUCGAAUGGGGAGGACUGGAUCACCCUGAAGGAAGGCUCCAAACAAAAGGUUUUUCAAGGCAACACCAACCCAACAGACGUUGCCAAGACGAUGCUGCCCAAACCCACGCUGACACGCUUUGUCCGCAUCCGACCGGUUACCUGGGAAACAGGCAUCGCGCUGCGCUUCGAGGUGUAUGGAUGUAAGAUAUCAGAGUACCCGUGCUCCGGCAUGUUGGGCAUGGUAUCGGGUUUGAUCACCGACAACCAGAUCACCGCAUCCUCCCAUACGGACCGGAGCUGGGUACCGGAGAACGCCCGCCUGCUGACCAGCAGGACCGGGUGGACCCUGCUGCCCCAGCCCCAGCCCUUCACCAACGAAUGGCUACAGGUGGAUCUUGGCGAGGAGAAGCUGGUGAAGGGGCUGAUCAUCCAGGGAGGGAAGCACCGCGAAAACAAAGUCUUCAUGAAGAAGUUCCGUUUCGGCUACAGCAGCAACGGCUCCGACUGGAGGAUGGUGAUGGACGCCAACGGGAACAAGCCAAGGAUAUUUGAAGGAAACAACAACUAUGACACUCCCGAGCUGAGGACCGUGGAGCCCCUGCUGUCCCGUUUCAUCAGAAUUUACCCAGAGAGGGCCACUCCUGCCGGCAUGGGCCUGCGACUUGAGCUGCUUGGCUGCGAGAUUGAAGCUCCUACACUCCCGCCCACCACACAAGUUCCGAGCACCACUCCGUCGGACGACUGCGAUGACGACCAGGCGAGCUGCCACAGCGGCACAGGUGAUGACUACGAUGUGACAGUUGGAAGCAUGAUACCAGAGACCACUACCACCGAAGUGGACACCAUUCCAGCUUUUCUGUGGUUUGCCUGCGACUUCGGCUGGGCCAAUGACCCAUCCUUCUGCAGCUGGACUUCAGACGACACUGGGUCGAGGUGGCAGAUCCAGUCCAGCGGCACACCCACGCUCAACACAGGGCCUAACAUGGACCACACAGGCGGAUCAGGGAAUUUCAUCUACACCUUAGCGACGGGUCCGCAAGAGGUGGCUCGGCUGGUCAGCCCCGUCGUCAGCUCCCCGGAUUCAGACCUGUGCGUGUCAUUUUGGUACCACAUGUUCGGGUCGCACAUAGGCACAUUGCAUAUAAAACAGCGCAAACAGACGGUUGACGGACCAGCUGACAUCCUGCUGUGGACGGUCAGUGGACACCAGGGCAACCGCUGGAGGGAAGGUCGUGUCCUAGUGCCGCGCACCAACAAACCCUAUCAGGUGGUGAUCGAAGGCCUGGUGGAUGGAAAGAGCUGGGGAGACAUCGCAGUGGAUGACAUUAGGGUUCUCAAUGGACUCAGCAUGUCAGAUUGCAAAGAUCCUGACGUACCCACCGAGCCAAUGCUGCCAGAGGAUCGCCUAAAUGACAUCCUUGAAGAGAUCACUGAGUACCCGGACUUCGUGGAGACCAACCAGAUCAGUGGGGCAGGCAACAUGCUAAAGACGCUCGACCCCAUCCUCAUCACCAUCAUCGCCAUGUCCGCCCUGGGCGUCUUCCUGGGCGCCAUCUGCGGUGUGGUGCUGUACUGCGCCUGCUCACACGGAGCCAUGUCGGACAGGAACCUAUCAGCCCUGGAGAACUAUAACUUUGAACUAGUGGAUGGCGUGAAGUUAAAGAAGGACAAACUCAAUGUACAGAGCUCAUACUCGGAGGCGUGAGAUGGGACUGAGUGCAUUCGUGUGACUUUAGCACGUGCAGAGCUCAAAGAGCGUGCACAAGACUGGCGUAUCCUCUCGUGCUCGUGCGAGUCGGCAGGCUAAAAGGACUGCCACACCCUCAACCUCCUGGAUGAGGGACAGGUUCAGGAUCCAAUGGGAGGUUUGGACUGAUCCAUGCUUUUCUCAGGAGCUGCAGUAAAAAGAACCUACCAGUAGGGGACACUGUGUACAAAUAAGAUACAGAAAAAAAAAAAUAUGUACAGAUGUUUUAGAUGAUAUUUUAAUUUUCUAUUUUGAUUUUCAUUCAUUUUUACAAUCGGAUGCUGGUGUUGAGACCAAUUUAUUAAUAAUGUUUAAAGUAUUUAUCAUUUUCUGGGAAAGAAAUGUUCAUUUUUUUUUUUAAUGUCAGUUCAUGAAGGCUGUUUUAUUUUCGAGUUUUGAAAAAAAAAAACAAGACGUAUCAGAAAUCGUAAAAUGAACCAUAUCCGGCAAAACUGUAGAUUUGCCCCCAUGGUGUGGCAUACAGGUGUGCCCAUAGCCCGUGACCCUGAAACAUGUACCUUUUCCCCUUUGACACUCCAAAGUGAGGGUCCGAUUCAUGGCAAUGUAUGGUUCUGACAGUGCCUUUAGUACAUUUUGGUUGGCCUCCUCUGUUUAUCUGGGUGUUUUUUACUGUACACACCUUAAGUUAUGGUAAAUGGAGACAGGGGCACAUUCUCUUAUAUAUACCUGCAAAAGAGGAAAACAAUCUAUCAUAGCGCUUUGUUCUGUUUUCUGUCUAAAAGAGAAAAAAAAUAACCACCACCACACACUGUAAAUAAGUUUUAAUAUAUUUUUUGCCCUUUUUAAAGAAAGCGAAAUGGAAAAAUAGCUGCAGUAUCCCUUUUUUCAUGGGUUUGUGUGUGUGUAAAUACAAUCUCCUGACUGUUUUGUGGAAGGUGCAGUGUUAUCGUUUUUGAUUUUUUUUUUCUUCUUUUUUUUAGAUUAUUCGCUCAGACGAGUAAGAUUUGUGUGACGCUGACGUUACAGCGACUUUCAAUGUGCAUUCAAGCCACCUGUCAUUGAAAAAAAAUGCCCACUUCGUGUAAACCCGCCGGGAGGACGAAUGAGUCACAAGGUCACACACACAAAAAAAAGAAAGAAAAAAACUAAAAAAAAAAAAAAAACAGCUUACGUGAUGAACGCUUGUCGAUCUUUCUCAAAAAUUUCUCUCAUUUCUCCGUCUCGCGCCUCCGCUGUCAGUUCGGCUGGUCACCAGAACGCUCCGACGUAGCUUCAGCGCGCCUCUCUUUGAUGGCAGAGCAGGUGGGAAAACGUGGAGUUUCUGCCAGCAUACCAAAAAAACCCAAACAAUCAUCAUCGCUUCGCUUUAGCUGAGACCUAGCCUAGCUUGUCACGUACAAACAUCACUGUGGAUUGUUCACUGAAGCAGCGCUAUCUGGACAAUGCAGCUUGAAUGCACUUUGUUACCGAUUCCCCCCCUCGUGAUAGGAGCCUAUUUACAGGAGGGGGUAAACACACUAACUGAAGAAUGGUGCUAUCAUUACUUUAGCCGGACACAUUUAUCUCGUGAUUUAAAAAAAUAAAAUAAUAAAAUAAAAAUUUUAAAAAACCCAGUUUGUAUCGUUCACAUGCUGUAUUGUAGCUUAAGGCCUCUCGGAGGGGGGCCGCAAAAAAGUUUUUACGUGUAGCAGCCAUAAUGUUGUGAUGUCAGAGCUGAUGUCAUUAGGGACGGGACACUGGUACAGCGAGGGGUAAGAGUGGCGACACCUGAAUCAGGUCACCUGGCCUCCCCUCCGUGGCUUUACCAAAGGAUGGUUGCCCCCUUUAUUAUUUUUUUUUGUGCUCACUGGGGGUUUCUCACCAACACACACUAUAAGACCACAGUUCACCGAUGGUCAUCACUCGGAAAAAAAGCCGAUGACUGGCUUCGCCCUGUCAGAGCCAGCCCCACCCCCACCCCCACCGGAGAGGAAACCACAAGGGGGAAACGAUAGGCAGAGGAGAGAACUGUGUGACUGUUUUUCUAUCUCUUUUUAAGCUCAAAAGAAGUGCAAAUGUCACCUCAAUGUGAAUCGAAUCUCCGUCAAGACUCUUUACAAAUGGACUGGAUGGGCCAGUCCCACCGCUGGACACCGCAAGGGAAAAGGGGACUCCGCGUUGACAUUGACAGUAUCAGGACACAAGGGUCCAAGGGGACCAGAAGUCAGUGGGGGGGUUUUUUCCCCACACCACAAAAUCAAACAAUCAAGAACUUGAUCCUGUGACGGGUGACAUCUUUUACAUCCUUGUGCUUUGUUAUGUCGUGCCAUGGUGAACACAUCCUCUUCAGCUUGCUCGUUUCUUUUUCCAGACCCGACCUCCCGCUCCUCUCAUCCUCUGCACAUAAGAGGACCGUAGCUCCCAGCGACAUCUGCGAAAAACUAGAGAAAAAGGAUACUGUAGCGUGGACUCAAAAACAAAACAAUGUUGCACUGAUAAAUAUAUUUAAGAGGUUUAUGUGUUUAUAGCGUUCAUUUGCAAAAAAGAAAAAAAAAACAGAAGAAAGUCAAAAACACGUGUUCAUUUCUUUCAUUUUAAUUUUUUUUUUUUUACAUAUAUCAAUAUAUAGUUUCAGGUUAUGUGAUAUAAUUCUGAAAUGUUAAAAGAAAAAAAUAUUGAAAUGUUUUUCAUUAUUGAAAAAGGCAAAAUAGAUUUUUCCAACAUCAAUGUCCCCCCCAUCAUUUACAUGGCAUAUUAACGCUUCGUUUUGUACCGUCAUUCAAAUUUUGUGCAGAAUCUUUUGUUUUGUUUUUUACAAGAAAAAGAAAAUAAGACUUUUAUUUUCAAUACUGCUUCUGUAAUUUGCUGUUGUAGGAAAAAAAAAGAAAACAACAAAUAAACAGCAAGGCCUUAAAAAAGAAAAAGGGAAUAUUUGUGUUGUGAUCCAGAAUCCGAAAAAAACAUUUCUUUUUUGUUUUUUUUUUAGUCCUUUCGAUUUUUCCUGUCAGAUCUACGUCAUAGCCAUGCUGUAAAGGGUAAACCAGCAGCCUCACGAGCCUCAGCUCUUUGAAGCAACAUCUGUUUUUUUCGCGUCGGAGUAAUGUUCAAGCACCACUUCAGCAAGACGGUGAUGUAAACAGAAAAUGGGUCUGUCUAGUUUUUUUUUUGUUUGUUUUUUUUUUUGUCUCACACAGCCAUUGCUUUCCAAAGAUACAAAUAAAAGGCAUCUUCAUA